AACCAAGGGUAACUUUGGUUCAGUUUGUUUCAACAAGAAACAUCUUUUUUUUCAAUUGUCACAUUGUUCUGUUUUUUCCAACUUGCUUUUUGAUUAACUAACAAUUUGAUUUUCAAUUGCCUGUGUAUAAUUAUUUACAGUGUCAGCAAUUGUGCAGAAUGGAGUCUAAAAAUAUGUCUACCAAAUUAGCUGAUGAAAUUGCUAAGUUUAAUAACCUUCAGAAGGAAUAUCAAAAAGUGUGUACAACGCAUCAACAAUUGGAUGAACAGUUGAAUGAAAAUAAAAUAGUCAAACAGGAGUUUGAUUUAUUAGAUGAAUCUUCAGCUGUUUAUAAGUUGAUUGGACCUGCACUGAUUAAACAAGAACUCAAAGAAGCCAAAGAUAAUGUUCAAAAUAGGAUUAAAUAUAUCUCAACUGAAAUGAAAAAGCAAGAGGAAUUGCUGAAGAGAAUUGAGAAACAACAACUUGAACAAAAGGAAGUGAUUGGUAAAUUGCAAAAGCAAGGAUAAUUUUUGGUUUUCAUUUUUUUAUAUCAUGAUUCUUGGUGUAUAACAACUUAUCUGUUUUAAUAAGAUGAUUGAAAAAAGAA